AUGGCACAACCGCCGUCCGACCCUGUCAUCAGCUCCGCGAUGGAGGAAGUGACAGAUAUCGUCCCGCCGCCAGAGAUAACGGCGGAAGCCAAGGGGGAAGCACCUGGACGUGGCCGGUUGCUUGGGAAGAACAUCCUGGUUGUCGGGGGCGGCCAAUCGCACAAUGACUUCGACCCCAACCCGCCCAUUGGAAACGGUCGCGCAACCUCGGUCCUACUGGCACGGGAGGGGGCAACCGUGGUCGUCGUCGAUCGCUCCGAAGACGCCGCCAAUGGAACGGUAGCUCUGAUCCAAAGGGAGGGCGUUGGGGCCGGCUUGGUCCUCGUUGGAGACGUUUCCACCGAGGAAGGCUGUCGCGCCAUUGUCAGAGAAGGCCUCGAACUGCUCAGGGGCAGGCUUGAUGGCCUCGUCAUCGUGGUCGGGACAGUCGGGGCACCGGCGACCCUGCCCAAGAAUUCGGCGGCAUAUUGGGACUUCGUGAUGAACAUCAACCUUCGAGCACAUUAUCUGAUCCUCCAAGAAGCAUUGCCGCACAUGGAGAAACUACCCACCGGGGGCUCGGUGGUGUCGUUGAGCUCGGUGGCCGCGUACCUGCCCGCCUCGCCCGAGCCGGCCUAUCACGCUUCCAAGGCCGCUCUCCAGGUCUUGGUGCAAAAUGUUGCCUACCAGUUUGCGCCCAAGGUGCGGGUCAACACUGUGGUUCCGGGUCUGAUAGAUACCCCUAUGGGCCGAAGCGCAGGGACUCAGAUCAAGGGCCGAAACGCGAGUGCGAUCCCACUGUCCCGACAAGGCAGCGGCUGGGACAUAGCUUAUGCGGUGGUCUGGCUCUUGAGUGGUGAGAGCUCGUUCGUGACGGCGCAGAACAUCGUCGUCGAUGGUGGCCGCAUUGGCACAGGCGGAAAAGGGGCCAAGAAGCUUGUGGCUGUGAACGAAGUAUCCUGA